AUGAUGCGUGCGUUUGUAGUGUUAUGUCUUAUCGGGGCGGUUGUGGCCAAACCCUCAAUGGUGAGGACCAAGGAGGAAAUCGAAGAAUUCAGAAAUUAUUUGGAAAGUACAAAGACCAGCGAUGGCAAACUAAUCGUCGCACGCUCGAGACUAUACCCACGCGCUAACCCUGAAGAAAACAGUGGUAAAUUUCAAGGCGACAUUAUCUUAGAUGACUUCAUCAUUGAGUCCAUGCUACAACAAUACGCUGCAGGCCGUAACGCAUACAUCUGGCCAGACACAAAGUGGCCUAACAACACUGUUGUUUGGGAAUUCGGAGAAGGUGAAUUCGGACCAUUGCAACAAGCUGCUAUCAAAGAUGGUAUUGCCCACAUUGAAAAUACAACUUGCGUUAAAUUCCGCUACAGGGAACCUGAAGACACCGUUUACGUAAAAGUCACUGGGUUACCAGCUGGUUGCUACGCUCAUGUUGGUUAUUGGGAGGAUCGUGGUGAACACACCCUGAACUUAGCUCGUAAUUACCCAGGCCAGGGUUGCUUCCGUCACGCCACCAUCGUUCACGAAUGGAUGCAUAUCUUGGGUUUUCUGCACAUGCAAUCUACUUACAACCGUGACGAAUACGUAAAGAUUGUCAAUGAAAAUCUUAUGUCUGGAACGGAACACAAUUUCGACAUCUUUGGACCGGAUCUAGUAAGCAACUUAGGUGUUGAAUACGACUACGUCAGCUGCUUGCAUUAUGGACCUUACGCGUUCUCCGCUAAUGGCGAACCAACUAUUGUUGCGAAAAAGGAGUUCGAAGGAGAGAUGGGUCAACGUGUGUUCAUCACAGACAAGGAUUGGCUUAGGAUCAAUAGACACUACGAAUGCCCUGGCGCAUGGGAGGAAAGUGACGAAGAAACCAGUGAAAGUAAAGAAGAAGAAUAGGAAUUUUUAGAAGACAUCGAUGGUUACCCUGAUUCUUUGAUGUCGGGGCUCAUGAGCUGCUCGCCGCUGUCGUCGUAA